AACUCCAUCAAAAUCAAAAGCAAAAGCAAAAGCUAAAGCUCCACGCACACCUCCUUUUCUCCAUUCAACCAAAAAGAUCCCCCUAAAGCAGAUCGUAUUGACAACAAUGCAUAUGCGUCAUAUAAGAUUCCAGAUGCGGCCGUAUCACAGAGCCAUGUAUCGGUGCUUUCCAGACCCACCUUCUUCGAGCUCCCAGCAAUGUCGUCAGAAAUCGUUCUUGCAGAUGAAGGCACUAGCAGCAGCAGCAGCAGUAGUAACAACAGAAGAGGGUAUAUCAGUAGAAACCCCACGCCCUCUACGAGGGCAAUCACUUCAGGGCGUCCGGAGCCCUUCGACAGUGAGAAGCUGCCGGUGACAUUGGUUUCGGAGAUUCAGAGGUUUCUUCGGGUUGCCAAUUUUAUCGAAGUUGAAGAGCCUCGUGUUGCCUAUCUAUGCCGCUUUCAUGCAUUUGAAGUGGCACAUAAUUUGGAUCGGAACUCUAAUGGUCGUGGAGUGCGACAAUUCAAAACUUCUCUUCUUCAGAGACUUGAACAGGAUGAAGAAGUUAAUAUCAAAGGAAGGAAAGAAGAGAGUGUCAUACGUGAACUCAGACGUGUUUAUCACAAGUACAAAGAAUACAUUAUUAUAUAUGGGGGAGAGAAUAAUCUUAAAAACAGAGAGAAGUUAACUAAGGCCCGGACAAUUGCUUCAGUUCUGUUUGAGGUAUUAACAACAGUUUGCAAAGCAGCUGGUUUGCAGGCCCCUCCUGAUAGGGACGACAACAAUGCAAAAUCAGUAUUUGUGCCAUACAAUUACAAUAUUCUUCCACUUGAGCAAGGAGGUGUUCAUCAAGCAAUAAUGCAACUCCCUGAGAUUAAAGCUGCGGUUGAUGCUGUUCGCAAUGUUCGUGGUUUACCUUUCCUUGCAGACUUCCAGAAAAGUGCACCUUACAUGGAUAUGUUUGACUGGCUCCAGUUUUGCUUUGGUUUUCAGAAAGGAAAUGUUGCCAAUCAGAAGGAGCAUCUAAUUUUACUCCUUGCUAACGCUCAUAUUCGGCAAAGUCCUAAGCUGCAAAAUAUGUCAAAGUUAUCGGAUGCAGCUGUCAACGAAUUGAUGAAGAAUUUUUUUAAAAAUUACACAAAUUGGUGCAAAUUUUUGGGGAACAAAAGCAGCAUUCGGUUGCCAUAUCUGAAACAAGAGUCCCAACAGUACAAGCUUCUCUACCUAGGACUCUAUCUUCUUAUAUGGGGGGAGGCUGCAAACUUACGGUUUAUGCCAGAGUGCCUUUGUUAUGUUUUUCACCAUAUGGCAUAUGAAAUGCAUGGUAUGUUGAUUGGUGCUGUUAGCAUGACUACAGGGGAAAGAGUUUUGCCAGCAUAUGGAGGAGAAUCUGAAGCUUUUCUUAAUUAUGUAGUUACCCCAAUUUACAAGGUUAUAUGUCAGGAAGCUAUGAAGAACAAAAAUGGGACAGCCAAUCAUUCUUCUUGGAGAAACUAUGACGAUUUGAAUGAAUACUUCUGGUCUUCUGAUUGUUUUGAAAUAGGAUGGCCCAUGAAUCUGGACCAUAAUUUCUUUUGUGCACAUGAUUCAAAGAUGAGAAAUGCUCAGAAACCACUUAAGAUUAUUCAAGAAAGAGGCACGGAACAAAAUGAAAAUCAAGACGAGGUUGCUACUCAUGAAAAAAAUGAGCAAAAAUGGUUAGGGAAGACCAAUUUUGUUGAGAUCAGAUCAUAUUGGCAGAUUUUCCGGAGCUUUGAUAGAUUGUGGAGCUUUUCUAUCUUAUCUCUUCAGGCAAUGAUCAUUAUGGCGUCUCACAAUCUUGAAUCUCCAUUGCAAGUUUUUGAUGCAGUGAUACUUGAGGAUGUUAUGAGCAUCUUCGUUACAUCAGCACUUCUUAAACUUGUACAAGCUGUUCUGGACAUAGUCUUUGCAUGGAAAGCAAGAUUCACGAUGGCGUCCUCUCAAAUCCUCAAAUACGUGCUGAAGGUCGCUGUCACAUUGAUAUGGACAAUUGUUCUUCCAGUAUAUUAUGCUGACUCUAGAAGAAAAUAUACAUGUUACUCAACUGAGUAUGGUAGCUGGCUUGGAGAAUGGUGCUACUCUCCCUACAUGGUUGCAGUUGCACUUUACUUGAUGACCAAUGCAAUAGAUACGAUUCUGUUCUUUGUACCUGCAGUUGGCCGAUAUAUUGAGACAUCAAAUUUCAGGAUGUGUGCUAUUUUGUCUUGGUGGACACAGCCGAGGUUAUAUGUUGGACGGGGAAUGCAAGAAAGCCAAGUCUCUCUUUUCAAGUAUACAUUGUUUUGGAUGCUGCUGUUGUUAAGCAAAUUCUCCUUUAGCUACAACUUUGAGAUAAAACCACUGAUUGCACCAACUAGACAAAUCAUGAGAAUAGGGGUGAAAAAUUAUGACUGGCAUGAGCUUUUUCCAAAAGUGCAGAGUAAUGCUGGUGCAAUUACUGCUAUUUGGGCUCCAAUAAUUCUUGUAUAUUUUAUGGAUAUACAGAUAUGGUAUUCUGUUUUCUGCUCAAUUUUUGGAGGACUAUAUGGGAUAUUGCAUCAUCUUGGAGAGAUUCGGACAUUAGGCAUGCUGAGAAGUAGGUUCCAGUCCUUGCCUUCUGCAUUCAAUGCUUGCCUUGUCCCACCCCCAUCACAUAAUGAUAAAGGGAAGAUAAGACAUUUCUUCAAGCGGCAAUUUCAUAAGGUACCUGCAAAUGAAAAGAAUAGUACUAUUAAGUUUGUUCUGGUAUGGAACCAAAUUAUCAAUAGCUUCCGGGAAGAAGACUUAAUAAGCAACAGGGAGAUGGAUUUGAUGAAAAUUCCUUUGUCAUCAGAGUUAUUUUCUGGUGUUGUCCACUGGCCUGUUUUUCUUCUAGCAAAUAAGCUUUCAACGGCAUUGAGCAUUGCAAAUGAUUUUGUUGGGAAGGACAAAAAGCUUUAUAGAAAGAUUAGAAAAGAUAAUGACAUGUAUUGUGCAGUAAAGGAGUGCUAUGAGUCACUGAAGUAUAUCCUUGAGAUACUUGUCGUGGGUGAUCUUGAGAGAAGGUUUAUUUCUGCCAUAAUUGAAGAGAUUGAAGAAAACAUUCAGAGUUCAAGGCUUCUUGAAAACUUCAAAAUCAGUGAAGUUUCAGCUCUACAGACUAAAUGCAUUGAACUAGUAGAAAUGCUGGUUGAGGGAAAUGAAAACCAACAUGCUGAAGUUGUGGAAGUACUCCAAGACAUUUUUGAGCUUGUGACAACCGAUAUGAUGUUCGAUGGCUCCAGAAUAUUGGAUUCACUUUUCUCUGAACAAGGCUUGGAAGGAGUGCAAACUGGAUUUUUCAGGAAGCCUAAACCAUUUUUAUUUGCGUCAAAGCAUUCAAUUCAUUUCCCAUUGCCAGAUAGCGGUCAUCUGAAUGAGCAGGUCAAACGUUUCCAUUUGCUACUUACAGUCAAGGAUACAGCUAUGGAUAUACCAUCAAACUUGGAGGCACGUAGACGUAUUUCAUUCUUUGCUACAUCUCUCUUUAUGGAUAUUCCUAUUGCUCCUAAAGUGCGUAACAUGCUGUCAUUCAGAUUGUCGUCUGUUUACAGUGUUUUGACUCCUCAUUUCAUGGAAGAAGUUAAAUUUUCAGCAGAGGUACUCCGUUCAUGCCAAGAAGAGGUUUCCAUCAGUUAUUAUAUGCAAAUGAUAUAUCCAGAUGAGUGGAAAAACUUUCUGGAACGCAUGAAGAUUGAAACUGUGGAUGAACAGAAUGUUGAAAUUUACAAGGAAGAUCUUAGAAAUUGGGCUUCUUUCAGGGGGCAAACUCUGAGCAGAACGGUCCGAGGAAUGAUGUACUACAGAAAAGCAUUAAAGUUACAAGCUUUCCUUGACAUGGCUGAAGAUGAAGAUAUUCUUCGAGGUUACGACGCUAUUGAAAGAGGGAAUGACUUGUUAUCUGCUCAACUAGAUGCUAUAGCAGACAUGAAAUUCACUUAUGUCAUUUCAUGUCAAAUGUUCGGAUCACAAAAAUCCUGUGGAGAUCCACAAGCAGAAGACAUACGUGACCUGAUGACAAGGUACCCAUCACUACGUGUUGCAUACGUGGAGGAGAAAGAAGAGAUUCGGACAGAUAAACCUAAAAAAGUCUACUCAUCUAUAUUAGCUAAAGCUGUCAACAGCCUUGACCAGGAGAUAUAUCGCAUAAAGCUUCCAGGUCCACCAAAUAUUGGUGAGGGGAAACCUGAAAAUCAAAAUCAUGCUAUUAUUUUCACUCGUGGUGAAGCUUUACAAGCAAUUGAUAUGAACCAGGAUAAUUAUAUGGAAGAAGCAUUCAAAAUGAGAAAUUUGUUACAAGAAUUUAUACGGCAUCAAGGAACACGUCCUCCUACUAUACUUGGUUUGAGAGAGCACAUAUUUACAGGAAGUGUUUCUUCAUUAGCAUGGUUCAUGUCUUAUCAGGAGACCAGUUUUGUUACCAUUGGUCAAAGGCUUCUUGCAAAUCCUCUGAGGGUUCGAUUCCAUUAUGGGCAUCCAGAUUUGUUUGAUAGGGUUUUUCACAUAACAAGAGGUGGCAUAAGCAAGGCAUCAAAGACAAUAAACUUAAGCGAGGAUGUUUUUGCUGGCUUCAAUUCUACUUUGCGAAAAGGAUGCGUCACAUAUCAUGAGUAUAUGCAAGUUGGGAAAGGUCGUGAUGUCAGCCUGAACCAGAUAUCAAAGUUUGAAGCCAAGGUAGCAAAUGGGAAUAGUGAACAGACUCUUAGCCGUGACAUGUACCGACUUGGACGUCGAUUUGAUUUCUUUCGGAUGCUUUCUUGCUACUUCACCACCAUUGGUUUUUACUUUAACAGUUUGAUAUCAAUAGUGGGAAUCUACGUGUUCCUUUAUGGGCAGCUAUACCUGGUUCUCAGUGGUUUGGAGAAGGCACUACUCCUUGAGGCUAGAAUGCACAACAUACAGUCACUAGAGACGGCUUUAGCCUCCCAAUCAUUUAUCCAACUUGGACUCUUAACAGGAUUACCAAUGGUGAUGGAAAUUGGACUUGAAAGAGGAGCUCUUACUGCUGUCAAAGAUUUUGUACUCAUGCAAUUGCAGCUGGCUGCUGUCUUCUUUACUUUCGCCCUUGGAACAAAAGCUCACUAUUAUGGUCAAGCAAUACUUCAUGGGGGUGCCAAGUACAGACCGACUGGACGCAAGGUCGUGGUGUUCCAUGCGAGCUUUACUGAGAAUUACAGGCUAUAUUCCCGAAGUCAUUUUGUGAAAGGAUUUGAGCUGCUACUCCUUUUGAUUGUUUAUAAUCUGUUCAGGCGCUCCUACCAAAACAGCAUGGCAUAUGUGUUAAUCACAUAUGCAAUCUGGUUCAUGUCAUUGACUUGGUUGUUUGCACCAUUUCUCUUUAACCCUGCUGGGUUUGACUGGGGAAAGAUAGUGGAUGACUGGAAAGAUUGGAACAAAUGGAUCAAGCAGCAAGGUGGCAUAGGCAUUCAACAGGACAAAAGCUGGCAGUCUUGGUGGAAUGAUGAGCAAGCCCAUCUCCGACAUUCAGGAUUGGUUUCUAGGUUGAUUGAAAUACUUCUAUCUAUGAGAUUUUUCAUUUACCAGUAUGGUCUGGUCUAUCACCUUGAUAUAUCUGGGAAAAACAAAAACUUCAUAGUUUAUGUGCUCUCAUGGGUUGUCAUCGUUGCAGUUUUCCUCUUACUCAAGGCAGUGAACAUAGGAAGGCAACUGCUGAGCGCCAACUAUCACUUCGCAUUCAGGAUAUUCAAAGCAUUUCUUUUCCUUGGUGUUCUUUCAACCAUAAUAAUUCUGUCCAUCCUCUGUAAACUGUCGUUGAAGGACCUAAUCGUGUGUUGUUUGGCAUUUCUGCCUACGGGAUGGGGUUUGAUAUUGGUUGCACAAGCCGUGAGGCCCAAGAUUGAGAGCACCGGAUUGUGGGACUUCACCCAGGUCAUUGCUCAAGCUUAUGACUAUGGGAUGGGGGUUGUCCUUUUUGCACCCAUUGCUUCUUUGGCAUGGCUCCCCAUCGUCUCAGCCUUCCAGACUCGGUUGCUUUUCAAUGAGGCUUUCAGCCGGAGUCUGCAGAUUCAACUGGUUAUUGAAGGGAAAAAGAACACAUAAGUUCCUAAGAACACAUCUCAGAAUAAACACAACAUUUUGUACAGUCCAUUCAUUGUAAAUGUGGCUUAUUGUUAUUAUAGAUGGCAUGGCAAUAAACACAGACAGUAUAUCACAAUUUGAUUCUUAUACAAUAUACAUACAUACAUACAUACAUGUAAAAACGUUUUGUUUAUAGUUCAGAGUAGAGCAGAGCAGUGUAGGUGGAUUUCUCAAGCAAAAAGAUCAGCACCUCGUUUACAUUUCCUUUCUGGCCACGCUAUAGGUACAUCAUUGUGUACAUUUUGGACUAUACAAUGCAUCACAAAUGACAAAAAUACCUCUCGCCCCUCAUCGUCUCGCCUCACCGCCUUGAGUGAGGGAUAUUUUAGUCGUGUGCCUCAUCA